UUGUCUUGUGAGAGCCUUUUCUUCAUCUUCAUCCAUUGUUUCUUUCUUUCUCCAACCUUCCCAUCAAUAUCUCUUUCCUUCCUUGAGAGAAAUCAAAGGAGAGAAAGAGAGGGAGAAAGAGAGAGAUGGGUAUUAACAAUCUUGUUGAAGAGAAGGAGAAGGCUCUUCUUGGUUAUGGCUAUAGUAGAAGCAUAGAUGAUAGCCUUGAAGAGAGAGUUUCUGUGUUUCUUGAUCAAUUUUUUGAUGAUGCUGAUCCUUCUCUUCAUGCUUUUGAUUAUGAUAAUCAUGAUGGUCAUGAUGAUCAUGAUUCAUUUUUUGAUCAUCAUAAUACCCAUGUGCACAACUCCAUGGAAAGGACCAUCUUCUGGGAAUCACAGGAGGCCUUGCUUCAGGAAGUUUUGGAACGUUACAGCAUGACAGGAUCAAAGGUGAGGCAAGAGAUAAGCAGAAUAAUAGAGAUGGGCAUAAAAGAGAGAGAUUCUUGCAAGAACCUUGAACCCAUCAACUGUUUCAGACAAACUGUUGUUCAUUUGCUCUGCCAAAGAGGAUUCAAUGCUUCUCUCUGUACUUCCAAGUGGAACGACACUAAAAAAUUCCCUGGAGGGAAACAUGAGUAUAUUGAAGUAGUUGUGAGCACAAAUAGAAAAAAGAAGCAAAACCCAUACCUAAUAGAAUUGGAAUUCAAGGAACAAUUUGAGAUAGCAAAAGCAUGUGAAGAAUACCAAAAACUUGUAGACCAUUUACCAAAAUAUUACAUAGGCAAAGCUGACUACCUAAAUGCCAUAGUUGGUAUUCUCUGUGACUCAGCCAAGAGAUCAAUGAAGGAGAAAAAAAUCCAUAUGGGUCCAUGGAGAAAGAGAAGCUUCAUGCAAAUGAAAUGGUCAAAUUCUUCCACAAAAGGAGAAGAAUCCAUUCAUGAUUCUUCAAGUAAUCAAUUCUCUCUACUCUCAUCUAGUCAAGCUCAUCAGUCUUGCUUCCACUUCUCUGCAGCUCCUACAGUGAUUGUCACUUAACUCAUGAGUUUUUUAUUUUUUAUUUUUUUAGCUUAUUUAUAUGCAUAAACAAAUUCUAUUGAUAUACUUAUAGCGUGAGUAUUGAGUAGAGUAAUAAAACGAAUGUCUGAUAUCACAUUCGGUGUCGAUUCAAAAAAUGAUGUGAGAAGUUAGAAAAGACUUCAAAACAGAGUUUUCUACUUGAAAUGCUUAAAAUUUGUAUUUAGUGGAUCAUUCGAGUAGCAAUUAUAGGUCAUAUAAUAGAAUUAGCUUGCAGUGGUGCUAGUAUAUAUGAGCAUAUGUGUGAUGCUAAUGGUGAGCAGUUGUGUUCCCAAGAAAAUUUUUGCGUGUAUGAUCAUAAAUGUAAGAUUUGUUUUGUUGAGUAUUUAUCUAUAUAAUGAAGAAAAAAAUUUUGGAGAACUUAUAUGUAAACUCCUUUAUCAA